ACUCAUAGCAUUUAAUCAGUCGUUCACGAGCUGAGAGGUGAGCAGGUAGAUCGGUGUUUCUUUGUUUUCGGAACACACUGCGAUAUACUUCCUAGUUUUCUGAAUUGAAACGCAGCGGUGUCAGUGAUUGUUCAAGUUGGGACAUCAAUUUGAAAAGUGAACUGUGGGCAAACGGUUGAGUGCAGUUUUUGUUGUUGGAAACAGAUAUCAUCCUACCAGUUUACCUUCACGUUUAGUCUAGAAUAAUAUACAUAUUUACUUUGGUCUUCAUGGAAGCCCAUUGGUAAUGACGAUCCAGUAAUCCAGCAACAAUGCUCACAUUAUGGGCGUCACGCUUCAGUUAAUUCUGGGAGUGUUCCUGAUUCUUGAAAUAUGUAGGAUCACCGGCAACAACACAAUCCAACAAAAUAUUCCUCUAGAUACUGUUGAUACUAACAUAAACUUAAUAGAAAAAUUACCAAAGACUGAUGCUGAACUGAACAUUGCAAACAAAGAUACUCAAAAACGUAUAAACCAUGAUUCGAAAUUGGAUAAUUCCCAUUCAAUUUCAAACAUAAUCGAUCAAGAAGAAAACCAUACCACAAAGAGCCAAAGUAAUUCAAAUAUUGAGGUGGAUAAAGCAAACAGAGACAAUAGCAUCAAGCAGGAUUCAAACGAGAAGAAUAGAGAGAAUGAUUCGAGGUCUAUAAAUAUCCAAAAAUAUGUAUCUUCAGAAUUUCAAAACAACGUCUAUUCUCUUCCAAUCAUUUAUGACGAUAACAAGCAUCUGGAUGAGUCCUACUUGAAAUCCUCAACUCGAAAAUUUGUGGAUUUCGAAAAUUUUGAACUGUCAACUCCAAAAACAGAGUUCUUCGACAAAAAAUUCAAUGAAGCUAAGCAAAAACUGGAACAGGAAUACGAAUCGAAUGGUUUCGAAGAUUUUCAUCACGAUAACGAUCAUCACAAUAUUCAUGAGGAUUUCGAAGAUAUGGAUGAUCAGAAUGAAGGCGAUUUGCAUCUACGUCAGUUAUUCGGGGAUCCAACAACUUCUCUGGACUACAAAGAGCAAAUGAAUGUAUCAAAGAAUAAUACUAUCGAUAAAAACUCCAAACAUGAUGAUCUCCUCAUUGAAAGAAUGAAAAAGAUAAAUUUUAUCUCUACUUACAGUUCAACUAGUACAUAUAGAUACGAUUUUAAAGAAGAUACACUCCAACCAGAAACCUCUUCUCCAAAAACUUCCUUCGAAACAACUGGAAAGAGCACAACUCUGACAAAACCACCAACGAACAAUAAUAGUUACAUCUUGAGCAAUAAAAUCGAAUCAGAGACAAUUAAGGCCAUACACCCUUUUUCCGAAAAUUCAACAAAGAGUUACAGGAAUGAAAAUGACCUUGUUCCGAAGAAACAAACAGCAGAAGAGAAUAAAAUAAGUAAUACUAUUACAACAAAUCGAGAAGAUACAACAACUGAAAAUAUUCCCACAAAAUCUAUAACUGUCACCAGUAGAAAUGAAGUCGCACUCGGUGUUGAAGAAAGUUCUAGUGAGGAAUACAGCACUCAGAAAGAUGAGUUCACUACCAUAAAGAAGAUUGAAAUAACGCCGACCGCCAAUAUUGACACCACGGUUAUGAGUGAAAAAUCAACAACCAGCAGUGAGAUAUACACUACCACUAGUGACAAAUUAUCUACAACUACAGAGGAACCAACGACUCUUGUCGAAACUGACAUCUCAGUUACUGAUAGUGAAGAAACAACCAUAGAUAGUGAUGAAAAAGCUACAUCUACUUCAGAAACCAAUAUCUCUAAUCAAGAAACCACUACCUCCACUCCGGAAACCACCAUCUCCAAUCAAGAAACCACUACCUUCAAUCCAGAAACCACUGAAGAAAUGACAAGUACAACAUUGGACACUCAAUCAUCAGAAAUAACCGUUUCUCAUAAGGAAAGUACAAAUGAAGCCCUAGACAGUACUAGUGGCUACACAACUGUAAUUUCAACUACACAACAAAUCACACUUUCUCCGAUAACGAACUACUUGAAAGAUCAAACUACUCUUGCAGAAAUAGUUACCACGAAUACUGAUGACACUGAAAUCAACUCAAGUAGUUUGAGAAUUUCUAAAGGGGUCAUUAUCACAGAAUCCACAAGUGAAGUUAUCGAUACUACUACGGAAAUGUUCACUUCGACAGAUAUCAUCAAAACUAGUUUUAUUCCACCAAAUUUAGUAACUACAACAACGGAAACUCCCACAACACUCGUACCCCUUAUUAUGAACGUGAGUCACUCGUCAGAGGAUACUACCACUUUAGACACGACAGUAACGACGAUUGAAUUUGUGCAUGUGGAAACGAGAGAUAAUCACACCACUCUGUUGCCAGAAACAUUGAGUCCUAAUUUUAGCUAUCCAGUUCCUCAUGGCAAUAAUUCAAGAUCAAUGAAUGACUCUGGUAGUUCCGAGCAGACUACUAUUGAGACUACUACUGAAGAAGAAAUUACAGAAACUUCAGCAUCGACCGAACAUGCCACGAUAGACAAUUCUGAAGAUAAUAGCGGCAAAAUAGCUGCUAUUGUUAUCUCAACUGUUGGCGCUUUAUGUCUGGUUCUACUAGCUGGAUUAUUGUAUCUCAUGAGAAAACGACAAAAGCGAUUCAAUUACAAGCAACGAUGUAGACCUAUUAAUUUGGAUGACUACAGUGUAGACAACCUUUCCGUAUACAACAGCCUCAGACGAAAAGCUGAUCGCCAGUCUAAAAGAUCUUAUGGAAAUCCAGCAUUUGAGGACCCAGUAGCAGUCACACACCCAUUGAAUUUCCCAGCUCUUGCGAAAUUUGCAGCUAAUACUGAAGACAUCAAAGCAGAAUUCGAGGAAAUCCCCCAAAUCACAGCAAAGACUAGCGAACUUCCUGAGGGCUGUGAACCAAAGAACAGAUAUGCAAACGUGAUUCCUCUACCAGAAACACGAGUGUUUCUGAAAACCAUUGAUGGAUAUCCGAAUAGCGAUUAUAUCAAUGCCAAUUACGUCACAGGUCCAAAAAAUACAAAAGGAUAUUAUAUUGCAUGUCAAGCUCCAUUACAGGACACCGUUGAUGACUUUUGGAGAAUGAUGUGGGAACAACAAUCAAAAGUAAUUUUGAUGAUUACCCAUUUUUUUGAAAAUGGAAUGGAAAAAUGUUUUGAUUAUCUUCCACCUUCCGAAAUAUUAGACUGCAAUAGGUUGUUUGGUGAUUUCCAAGUUACUCUGAAAAAAAGAGAUGUGAAGGAUAAAUAUAUUAUUUCCAGUCUUCAGCUCAAAGUUGUAUACAAAUUAAAAUUUGAUUUUGUAAUGACCCUUCGACUUAUUUGUUUACUGGUAAAUCAGAUUUUUUCAAGUAAUCAUUCAACAUUUCAGAACGUUGUCAUCAACGGUAAUAUGAAUGGUUCAGCCAUUAAUGAAGUGAACCCAGUAGUAGUUCAUUGCAGCCCUGGAACAGGAAGGACAGGAGUAGUGAUAGCAUGUGAUAUUGCCAUCAGAGAGUUUGAGCAAACACGCCUUGUAGAUAUUCCAAGAAUUGUUUACAGGAUACGUAGAGAUAGAGCUAGCGCAGUGCAGACAAAAGAACAGUAUAUGUUCAUUUAUAAGGUUGUCAGCCUAUAUGCAACAAAACUCUCAGGCGGAGGAUUUGAAUCCUUUUGAAGUCCAUUCUAAUGUAUAUUUUAAAGUGUAGUGUUUGAAAUGUUUGUGAUACAUACCUAGUGAAAUUUGUAAUGUAUAUUUCUGUAGUAUAUAUUGUGGUGAUAAUUGAAGAACAAAUUUAAAAUUCCGAUAUGUAUCGAUAGCUGUACUUUUGUAAAUAUUAUAUUGGUUUAAUUUUGUCUUGAACGAUGUAAUAUUUUGAGUUUUCGACCUGGUUUGAAAAAUUAUUGAUACCUAUAUGUUGAUUCUGCAGCUCUCUAAUAGAAUUUGAAAUAAAUGUGAUUUAGUUUUGUAUGAGUAAGA